CUAUUGUUCUAGGUGCAUUGUGGGAUAGCAUCAGUCCUCCUGCUUCCAAACCCCUUAUCCUUAUAGAAAGAUGGCGGCCUCGGCAGAUUGUUGUCCCAGUUCGUAUCCUAACUUUGCCGUCGUUUGCUCUUUUUUAGAUCGUUAUGGGGCACUUCUGGAACUACCCAAAUUCACCUUUCCCCAGUUAGAACGAUCGCUGCAAGAAAAGAGCUUAGUUCCCAAACCACUAAUGGAACUCCAUUUGAAGUUAAUGCGAAAGACUGGAAGGACUAUAACAGCAGAGAGAUGGGAGAGGAGCCUGGUUAAGAUGUGCCAAGAUUUCAACCGUACUCUCGCCUGGGAGCUGGAGCAGAAAGGAUACCAACAAAUGACAGUAGAGUACAAACUUGGCAUACUUAAGUACUUAUGUGAAUGCCAGUUUGAUGACAAUUUAAAAUUUAAGAAUGUUAUUAAUGAAGAGGAUCCUGAUGAAAUGCGUCUAUCUCCACUUGGCCGAGAUAAGGAAGGUCUGAUGUAUUGGUAUCAAACUGAUCAGGAUCACAACGUAAGACUCUACGUAGAAGAGCAAGACGACCAGGAUAACAGUUCGUGGAAAUGCAUUGUAAGGAGCAGGAAUCAGCUUGCUGAAACCUUGGAACUUCUUAAGGGCCAAAUAAGCGCUACACUUUUGACUAAACCUGAUGACCAAGAUGGCUCUUCGAGUAGCAGCCCAACAACAGAAUUGGAAGGCAAAACUGUAGAUGGGGAAGAGGAAAAAAAAGUGCUUGUGAAGAAAGAAGAAAAUGACAUUGAAAAAACAGAUGAUCCUGCAGAAGAAAAAGUGGGUAACAUUAAACAAGAAGUCAAUGAAGAAUGGGACAAUAAGUCUGCCGAAUGCAAAAAAGAAAUUGAAAUUAAAACAGAUGGCACAGGGGAUCAUAAAAAUGAAAACGAAUUAAAAACAUUUUCUUCUGCAGAGGUUACUGCCCUUAAGGAAACGGAGUGCACUGAGGAACCAAAAAGUAUCAAAGAGGAAAGUAAACUACAUCAAGAAAACAUCAAGUCUACUAAAAACAAUGUUACAGUAAUUAAAGAGCUAAAGGACUUCAAAACAAAGGACUGCACCAUGAAUGCCACUUUUCAUGAGCCUGAGAAACAGCAGGUCUGCAUUCUGGUUAAAAAUGUGCAAGAAACUUCUGAAAAAACUAGUGAAGAAGCCGAGAAGAUCCUUAAGAAUGAUCAGCAAGCUAAAAUACCACUGAAAAAACGUGAACUCAAGUUAACUGAAGAUUUUGAUGGCUCAUUGAGGACUGCUUUAACCAAGUCUUCCGCACCUGUUAAAGAUGCUUUGAAUGAUGGUAAACUAGAGGAAGGAUCAAUAAGAACAUCUCCAGUGGAAUUUCUGAGUUCUGAUAAAACAAUAAAACGUUUGGUAAAUGGAGAGGUAAUGUUUAACACUGAAGACGGCUGCCAUAAAAUUGGGAGACCAAUGGAGGAAGACUUGAAAGGCAGUAAAGAUAAAAUCAGUUUUACUAAGGAAAAAACUGUGAUUGUUAAAAAUAUGGAUAAAAAAUGCAGCACUGAGCCCUCUAAUAUGAACAGUAAACUGAAAGGUGGUACAGAAAGAAGAGUGAUCUGCAUAGGUAGUACGGUUGUACAGGAUCAUUCAAACUCUAGUCAAGAACUGUUGUCAAAAGAUGAGCAGCUUUGUAUAGAGGAAGACAGGGUCAGGAAGGAGAUUAGCGCAAAGGAUGCCCUAGACCUUUCUUCAAAGAGUGAACUGCUGCCCAAGGGGGAUGGAAAACCUGAAGAGCCACCCAAGGCGGAUGAUAAAGGUGAAAGCAAACCUGAGCAGCUGCCCAAGGUGGAUGGCAAAGGUGAAGGCAAACCCGAAGAGCCGCCCAAGGCAGAUGGCAAACCCGAAGAGCCGCCCAAGGCAGAUGGCAAACCCGAAGAGCCGCCCAAGGCAGAUGGCAAACCCGAAGAGCCGCCCAAGGCAGAUGGCAAACCCGAAGAGCCACCCAAGGCAGAUGGCAAACCCGAAGAGCCGCCCAAGGCAGAUGGCAAACCCGAAGAGCCUCCCAAGACAGAUGGCAAACCCGAAGAGCCUCCCAAGACAGAUGGCAAACCCGAAGAGCCUCCCAAGACAGAUGGCAAACCCGAAGAGCCUCCCAAGACAGAUGGCAAACCCGAAGAGCCUCCCAAGACAGAUGGCAAACCGAAGAGCCUCCCAAGACAGAUGGCAAACCCGAAGAGCCUCCCAAGACAGAUGGCAAACCCGAAGAGCCUCCCAAGACAGAUGGCAAACCCGAAGAGCCUCCCAAGACAGAUGGCAAACCCGAAGAGCCUCCCAAGACAGAUGGCAAACCCGAAGAGCCGCCCAAGGCAGAAAGCAAACCUGAAGAGCUGCCCAAGACAGAAGGCAAAGGUGAAGGCAAACGCGAAGAGCCGCCUACGGUAGAUUAAACCCGAAGAACUUUCUUGUUCCUCAGAAACAGAAAAUCAAGUACAGUUAGCAAGUACAGACCAUUCUGGUGAGCACAAAGUAGAUGAAACAUCAGAGAAAGUCUGUCUGUCCAAAAGAACUAAAAAAAGUAAAGCGCGUUCCAAAAAACGAUUUUUUUCUAAUAGGAAAGAUUCUCGGAGGAGGAGGAGGAAUAAAGUAUCAACUGUGACAUCAAUUGCUGGAAAUUCAGUGGAAGUGAAAGAGACCUCGGCAGAAAGGUCUAAGGAGUCGCCAUCAGGAGAUGAUCUCCAGUUGCAAAACAAACGUAAGUUGGAAGCAGAAAAGGAAAACUCUGAGACAGCUGAACUCGGUGUGCCUGUUAAAUGCAUCUCUGGGUAUGUGCCAACCUCAAAAAAACGUAAGGGAGAUCUGAAAUGUGGAGCAGGAAUUACUGAAGUAAGAGCAAAAGGAAGUGACAAGACUACUUCUGAAUAUUGUAGUAAGGUUAAGGAAAGCAGGACUAAGGAGAAGUGGACAUCUGAAGAGCAAAAAGAUGGUAUUAAGUUAACUUUAAGGAUCUCGAAUAAAAGAAACGCAGAUGAACAGCUGAUACCCCAGAUAAUCAGGGUUAAAACAGAGGAACGUGAGCAGGUAGGUAUGGAUAACAGUGGACUAGCUUUACGGAGGUCUCCAAGAAUAUCUAAACCUACCGCUAAGGUGGCAGAGAUACUGGUUAGGAAAAAUGAGAAAAAACGAAAUGAAGAGGAAGAGAGGCUAGCUGCACAAAAGCAAGUAAAGGAGGAAGUUCCAAACCUGGAGAGAGACUCUCUCAUCCAUCCAAACAAGUCUGAAUUUUAUUUAAGGAGGCAUGUGGAGAAAAAUGCCACAGCGAUUCCAUAA